AUGGCUGAUGGACCUGCAUUUCUUACCCCACAUCGUCGUCAUCAACCCCCACAUCAAGCAGGUUUCCCACUCUUAUGCAAGUGGGUGCACCCACCCACAUUCUGCUCCCACCCACAUUCUGCUCCCUCCAUCCCAUCUGCAAGUGUGUACGACUCCUACCGCCAGGCUUUUGACAUGCUCACAGCAUUUCCGGAGAUCAAGACUCUCGAAGACAAUGUGAAGUUCACUCAGAUGCUUACCAUGCUGGUGGACGACCAUACGCCUCUCCUUGGGGUGCUGGCGCGGGGGGUGAGGGAGUGCUCCCUGCGACCGCUCGUUGGGAGAGAGCUAGACCUAGACCCGUUUUUGGACAACAUGCUGCGAUCGCGAAUCAGUCGCAGGGUCAUUGCAGAGCAUCACAUCUGCCUGCAGCACCAACGGCCAGGAUUCAUCGGCGUCAUCUGCUCCCAGCUCUCCAUGCAAGCAGUAGUGGAAGCGGCAGUCAAGCAGUGCACAGAUGUCUCUCGACGCACGUUCGGAUUCUGCCCUGAAUUUGAAGUGCAUGGGGAUGUGCACUCCACUUUUGCUUACGUGCCGGCACACAUUGAGUACAUGCUCUUCGAGAUACUCAAGAACGCAUCGCGAGCAGUGGUGGAGCAUCAUCUCAGGAAGGCUCACGAGGAGGGCAAAACAGCCUCCCAGGCUACCUUCCCCCCUGUUACAAUCACAGUCUGCAGAGGUCACAAUGAAAGCACGAUUAAGGUUUCGGAUCAAGGAGGGGGCAUUGCGAAUGAGCUGAAGGAGAAGGUGUGGAGCUAUGGCUUUUCGUCACUGGAUGAGGAUACAGAGGCAGGCCCAGCUGCAACUGCAGGCCCUCUUGACUCCCACGGCAGCCCCAUGGCCGGUCUGGGAUUCGGCCUUCCCCUCUCCCGUUUGCACGCGCAGUACUUUGGGGGAGACAUUGAG